AUGACUAAUAAAUUAAAACUUAUACAGGUAAAUGCUGAAGGCCUUGAUGUGUUUGGUCAGGCACCUAUCAAGAAGCAACAUGAAUGCAUCUGCCCCAAUUGCUCACGAAACCUAGCUGCUUCAAGGUUUGCACCACACUUGGAAAAAUGUAUGGGUAUGGGACGUAACUCGUCGCGCAUUGCAAGCCGUCGUAUCCAGAACUCCACCAAAGAGAACUCAAAUAGCCAUCACGGCGGAAGUGAUGAUGACGACGAUGAUGACUGGAUGAUCGAUCGGAAGCGUAAAAGACGGGACAAGAACUCUCCCAGAAGAUCUAAAAAUGCAAAGGUUAAAGGUGACAGCGUUUCCUCCAGCAGCAACGUGGAGACAACACUGGCUACAGGGACGACAGAGGAGAAGCGUGCAAUGCUCAAGCAGAUCUGCGGGGUAGUCUCGGAGCACACACGCAAGAUGUGCACGCGCUCCAUACGUUGCCCCCAGCACACUAGCGAACAAAGAAGAGCUGUUAGGGAUCAGGUCUUCAACGGCUCGGGAUCAGAGACCACCACCACUACACGGGCGGCAGACUCCACCAGCAGGAGCCUCGGGGAUACAGCGGAGGACAUCCAUGUGGACAUAGACGGAUUGGACGAUGGGCAGCUAGCCUCCUCGUGGGACAAUGACCACUCCAAUACCACCUCCCCCGCCGACUCCACCUCCACCAACAACUCCACCUCGUCACUGGCAAAGCGCAACGGGAGCAAGUCGAAAAAGAAGUCCUCCAAAUCCUCCAAGAGCUCGAGUAGUAGCCACGGGUCGCUGCUUGACUGAGUUUUUUUAUGUUUUUUUUUUUUUCGUACGAGUGUCUUGGGGGGGGGGGGUAGUGAUAUUUUUUUGUCUUGUUUUAGUUUCCUGAAUUUGUCAUGAAAUUGCUUCUGAAUGAUUUAGGGUAUAUGCUUCCUUGCCAUUUCAGGGUAAAUAUGAGUAUGAUCAAAGGACAUGCAAUUAUUAUUAGUAAUAUUGAUAUUAUUACUGUUAUUACUAUUAUUAUUAUUAUAAUGGUUUAUUAGUAUUUUUUUAUCAUUAUUGUAUUUAUUUUUAUUAUGUUAAUGAUGAUCAUGAUGAUUGUGAUGAUCAUGAUGAUUAUUAUUAGCAAGAGUAUUACUAUUAUCAUCAUUGCUAUUAUUAUUAUUGUUAUUAUUAUUAUUAUUAUUAUUAUUAUUAUUAUUAUUAUUAUUAUUAUUAUUAUUAUUAUUAUAUUUUUUGUAUUGAGAAAUUAUUUUUUCUUUCUUUUUUACAUCAUUUUCACCAACACUGUUUACUAAUAUACACAGGUGAGAAGGGUUAGCUGAUAUUUAAAGAGAGCUUAUGUUUUACAGGCUAUGGCAUGCAUUAAUAAAAGAGGAAUUGGGAACUGGGAUCGAUUAUUAAUUUUUUACUUCAUAUUUUUGUUUCAUAUCGUUAUCAGAGGGGAGAAUCCCUGAAUUUUUACAGAGCAUAAAGAGACAGUGAGAGAAACAAAUACAGCUGAUUGUACUGUACUGAAGGACCCAGGUUUAACAUAAUACUCUUCUCGUUCAAAUCAUAAUGAUGGUUAAGGAAGAAAGAAAGAAAAAAAAAAAUAGGAUAAUUACAGUAGACAGUUUUGUCAUUAUACUAUGGAUGUAGAACUUUUCAUACAUAUCCUGAGUACCUACCUAAGCCAUAGGAUCAGAAACUUCAUGAUUAUCUUUGAUUUUCACGAGAUAAUAGCUUGACUCUGAUCUGGCAGUUUCCAUUGUGGAAGUAAAUGCUUUGUUAUAAAUUCUAAUUUAUUUACUUUAUUUAAAAGAGAAAAAAAAAACAUGUUAUUGUAUUCUUGCUAUACUUUCUGGUGUUGUUAGUGUAAAGAAAGAAUUACAUGAAGUGAUCCAGUGGCAACAGAAUUAUGCCAUCCAUACCAGCAAUAUAUGUUUGUUUUUGCCUUUUUAAUUAUUUAUUUAUUUUUUGUAUUUCUUUAUUUAACAAUUUAUCUUAGGUCCUAAAAUGGGUAAUUUAAGUCCUGUUUAGUAACUCUGAGAAUAAUGAAGUGUACCUAACUGAUAGAUGAUAUAGUUAAUCCCAUUGUGACAAACUCGUAAAAUGGGUGUAUGUCGGCUUGUUUCCUUUUUUCGGGACUUCAGUAUUUCAGUAGAAUGUCAUAUAAGAAGCAAGAUCACCAGAGGAAGGAGUAUCCAGCAAUGCAGUAAGAGUCAGAUGCACAUAAAUCACAGGUCACACAAGUACUUAAAUGUGUUAUGAUGGGUUGAUUGUGUGUUACUUCAUUGGUUUUGAUGGAAGUGCUUUCGUUCUUGUGUUCAUAUAAUAACAUUUUAUGAUGGUUUUUUUUUCUUCUCUAUUUUUUUCUUUUUUUAAUAAUCUUUAUACAGAAUUGAAGUUUAAAGUGAACAUUCCACAGAGCAAUGGUAUGUGUGUGUGUUUAAUGAAUAAGAUGGCUUUUAUACCAGAAGAACAAAGAAGGGGUACAUGCACAAGCAGGAUGGGAAUCUGCACGCUAUUAGUGGCACUGAUGUCAUUCCAUAUGCUUCUGUGAGUCAUUUGAACGUGUAUCUUGGACCUUUUGAGGGAACCAUUUCUCUUUACCAAAUGCUAUUUUAUUAAUGGUUGAUAUGGUUCAACUAAAGGCUGACACAAUAUUUGUUUUUCUCCCUUCAAGGUCAUGGGUAAAACCUUUUGUUUUGUUGUGUGUGUACAAAAAACAACAAAAAAAAAUCUUUGAUUGCUGUGACAAUGUUUCUUUUCAGUGAAUAUUUCCUAUAUUUAUAAUAGAACUGGUUAAACAAAUAUGCAGGGAAGUAAUAUGUGUGAAGUGUUUUUUGAAAAAAUGCAUGCUGUUAUAUGACAGAAAUAUACUGUAACUAUGUUAAUAUAUUGUGUUUAGAUGCUACAUGUCUAACAGGGAAAGUAACAGAAUACUUGGAUUGGUGGACACAAUGUUUAUUAUACAUUGACUAUUAUACAUCUUUCCUUUAUUUGCUCUUUAUAAUAAAUAUCACUUGUUUGACCCAUAAUUUCAUUGAUCAUUUAUAAAAUUGAAAAGAUAGUCAGUCAGUACAAUGAUUGUAAUUAUUGUGGAAAGUUAUUGUUUCACAUUCAGGAAGUUUGUGCUGCUGUUCAUACUACAUAGACGAAUAGACUUUACAGUCUGUAGGACAUAUUGUUCUCAUUAUAACUUAAUUGUGAAGUUUGAAAGCAGUAAAAUGCUACAUAAAGUUAAGUAAAUCAUUA